CAGCUGAUUCAGUAUGGCGGAAGUGAGGUGACAGGAAAACUUUACGACAACACCUGACGAAACUUAGGUAUUUCUCAGUAACCUGACGUGACACGCUUCCACAGGUGAUGCCUUAACGACCUAUGAUCCCCUAAGCUUCCGACGGCGUCAUUAAUACGAAGUAACAAGGGUGAUACACCAUGCUGUCUGCUAUGUUAAAGGAGCAUCAGGCUCGACAACAGCAACACAGAGAACUGCAAGAGAAAAGAAGAAAGGAUACUAUAGCAGCAGCCACAGCUGUAACUCUAGCUUUAGGAGAAAAUCUCAACUCUGGGGUUUCCCAAGCAUAUGUGAACCAGAAGAAGUUGGAUGCAGAAGCUAAACAACUGCAGACCCAAGCUGCUACAUACGCCAAGAAGACUCUACAAUGGCUGGCUGUAGUGGAGGGCUUUAACCAAGCACUCAAGGAAAUCGGAGAUGUGGAGAACUGGGCCCGCAGUAUUGAGAGUGACAUGAGAAUAAUCAGCACAGCGCUGGAAUAUGUAUAUAAAGAUGAAGCCUCCAAACCUCCAGGCAUGUAGCCAUUCCCUCAUCAUCCACAAACCCAUACCUUACUGCAGCAGGAAACUCACAACUGCAUCCAUUGCGUGAUGGAACAAUUGUCAUAGUAAUUGAGAUUGGAGGAAGUCCAUAGAUUUGCUGUCAAGAGGUACAUGUAGUAAAAAUACUGAUCCCCCUUAAAGGUUAACAAUAUCUUAAUGCAAACCAGGCAGCCAAAACCUGUAGAACUGAUAUACAGAACUUAGACACAAUAAAAUGAAAUUGUUGUCUCAUGUUUAUUUCAAUGUGUGUCAUGAUGACAUCAUAACUUCUCAGAUGUGUCAUGUUGAGGUAGUUUCUGGGAUGUGCCUGACUAUCUCCCUACCUAUCCUCCUUUGCUCUGAAUAUAUCUUCAAUAGUGCAGCAAGCAUCUUUUCACAGUUGUUGGUGGUGUACAGAUUAAAUGAAUGUGUACUACAGUAAAUGAAUAAAUUAAUGCCAAUAUGAACAUACUUGUGUGUGCUUCUUGUCUUUCCAAAGGAUGACAAUGUACCAUUUUGCUUAAAAAUGUAAAAUAGAAACAGAAAUGCUAUUGUUUUGUAUGCAUCUGGGCUAUGAAAUAAACUACAGUAGAUGAAAACAAGACAGACAUCCGUGCAGUGAUUUAAAUGUUUAUAUCAAGUUUUCUCUACCAAACGGACAUCAUCACUUUCUGUAGAAAUGAUCAGUUGACAAGAGGGUGUAGAAGGGUUUUUCCUGACUUCAUAGGACCUAGAUAUAUUGUAAGAUACCAUAUCAACCAAAUUGUAAUGCAAAUCUUAAUCAAAUCCAUGGACUAUUUCCUAAAGCCAACAAGUUUGAAGUCAAAUGGAAUGCAUUAGUCUGAAUCCUCGUAAAUAUUUUAGAAACUGAAUUCUUAAAUACCCUUCCACACCCCUGUGUACCUUUGAAGAGACUUUUUAUUAAAGUCCCCGUCAAUCCUAGCUGUCACAUAAUCCUGUACCACCAUGUUGUGAACUACUUCCAGUGGAAGCCUGUACAGAAAACUAGCCUGUGCAUCAUCCUAAUUACUUUUGUACAAAAGUAGUGAAGAGAAAACUAACUGGGAUGACACCCAGGCUAUACACAAACAAAAACAAAAUACACUUGCUCUUUUUCAUGUACACAAUGCACAACAAAAGCAUAAAUACAUUUACCAACAACACACAUGAAGACAAUUCUACAUUAGCCGCCAUCAAUAUUUACAUGUUACUGGUACUAAUUUUGUGCUGGACCUUUCCACACUUGGGUAUAUGGGGAAACAAUGUGAUUCUAAAGUAUGCACAGUUACAUAGUCAUUCUUUAUGACAUCCUUUGUCCAAAAAGAAGUUUAAAUACUGUAAAUGAAACUCUGUCUUCCCUACAUCCUUUACUGUGCCUACAACAGUGUCCAAAUUAAGAAGAAAAUAGCAAAGGCUGAAGUAACAGAAUGUGAAGACCACAACACUGAUUUUCUUUGGACGCUCCAGUUUUCCUACACAUAUGAUGCCUCUUUACAUUACUCUGGGCCAUAAACUUAGUCCUGUUGCACAUCUUGCAGACAGUUUACUAACAGAAGUGCAUAAACUUGCCCCCCCCCCCCCAACACAUGAUGAUGAUGAUGAGUAACGAAAACAUCAAGAAAGAAAGAACAAACUAACAAUGGAUUACAAGAGAUUUUUUUGUCUUUGGCAUCUGUUUUUUAAUGUUUCGUUCUCGUUAGAACAGAAGCCUCUUACAUAGAGGAGGCCAAAGUCAAAAGAGAUGAUGGUUUCUAAAAGUCUCCUUUACAUCGUUUUAAUGUGCUUGUUCAUAAACAAGACUUGUUUGAAGAAUGAUAAAUCCAAAUGCCAUGUAAAAAAAAUGUUGAAAAGAUUAUUCUAAAUUAGGCUGUCUCUUAGGUACAACCGUUUCUUCAAGUAACUGACUUUGCCCUCAUGUUCCUUGAAAAUGCCAUAUAAGAUAGAUAUAUACAACAGUUGGUAGCUCACAAGUUUGGCCUAUCUAGGUUACUGUCUUUUACUGCAAUACUGGAAGACAGGCUCUUUGACUUGUCCAAGUUGUGUAAUGAAAUAAUUCUGUGCCAAUAAAAACAUCCAAAAUAAACCCAAAGUGUUUUACUUGUGUAUAUAUACCUGCAUGCCAAUGUGAACCACAAAUAUGUCUACUUUAUAUACUGUACAUUUCUCUCGUAGUUUGGUCCAACAAUUUUCCUCCAUUUUGAAACCUUUACUGGCCAACAUUAACAUAAUAUCCAUAAACAUCAUAUCAGAAAAUGAAAAUAUCCAAAACAUGAGCAAAUCUGUCUUGGUGUUUAGAAGAAGACUAAAAAAAAUCAUUUCUGGGACAUGCCUGUGAGACUGAUUUGUAGAACAAAAGUAAAACACCUAAAAAUAAAAACAACAACAACACAGAAACAACAAAAAUCUUGCCUUCCACUACAAUUUGCACAAAGCCUAUUGCAAACUUCCUUGCCCCCAGAGUGGGUGUGCAACUGAUUCAAAAGUGUCAGCGUAGCUUGAAGUACAAAACACCCAAUGUUAAUUUGAACUUGCAUUCCCCACAAAGCUACAACAGUAAUUUUGUGUCAUGUAUUACAGUUCAUACAGUGUCUCGUUUCACAACAGCCAUAGUUGCAUGAAAAGAAUUGGUAGCACUAGCCAACACUCAACCCCUAUUUCCACCAUAGAGUCAAGUCAUUCUUCCUACUUUAUGACAAGAUUUAUCAGUCUGAGAUACAUGAUGUUCAUCUUCUUCAAGAAAAGCUACCUACAUAAAAUAAGAACAAAGUACAAAAGAAGAAAUAACACAACAAAACAAGAAAUAGUUCAUAAAUAUCAUUGACUAAACUCUAGUACUAUUUACAAGAUGAGGAAGCUAUAAUAAUUUCAUUGAAAGCAACUUCAGAAUUUGCUAAGUGAAAAAUCCCCAUGUCAAAAAAAAA